GAAGUAAAAUUCAAAUUCUUUUUUCUUUUUCUCUCUCAGGUGGAAAGACAUGACAUGAAUACCCUGAGUUUACCGCUUAAUAUCCGCCGUGGAGGCUCUGACACUAACCUGAACUUUGAUGUACCAGAUGGGGUCCUGGAGUUUCACAAAGUUAAACUCAGUGCAGAUAGCUUGAAACAGAAAAUCCUCAAGGUUACAGAACAAAUCAAAGUUGAACAAACAGCUCGAGAUGGCAAUGUGGCUGAGUAUUUGAAACUGGUAAAUAGUGCAGACAAGCAACAAGCUGGGCGCAUUAAGCAAGUCUUUGAGAAAAAGAACCAGAAGUCUGCCCACUCCAUUGCCCAGCUACAGAAGAAAUUGGAACAGUACCACAAAAAGCUCAAAGAUAUUGAACAAAAUGGAUCUUCCAAAACUACUAAGGAUACUUCCAAAGAUAACUUGAAAGAUGUUCAGCAUGGCAAAUCUCGUACCUCUGGGCACGGAACAGAGAGCAGCAAGUCGGGUGUGCCAGGUGUGUCUUUGACACCACCUGUCUUUGUUUUCAGCAAGUCUAGAGAGUUUGCAAACCUGAUCCGAAACAAAUUUGGUAGUGCAGACAACAUUGCUCAUCUCAAAAACACCUUGGAUGAAUUUCGGCCAGAAACAAGUUCCAGAACAUACGGGGGCAGUGCCACUAUCGUUGCCAAACCAAAAUAUGUUAGUGAUGAUGAAUGCUCAAGUGGGACCUCUGGCUCAGCAGAUAGUAAUGGGAAUACUUCCUUUGGUCCUGCUGUGGCAAGUACUCUGGACAGCCAAGGAAAGCUUUCCAUGAUUUUGGAGGAAAUAAGAGAAAUCAAGGAGACACAGUCCCAAUUAGCUGAUGAUAUAGAGAAUUUAAAAACACAGUUUAAAAGAGACUAUGGCUUUAUUUCUCAGAUGUUACAAGAGGAAAGAUAUAGAUAUGAAAGAUUGGAGGACCAGUUAAAUGACCUCACUGAUCUACAUCAACAUGAGACAGCAAACUUGAAACAAGAGCUAGCCAGCAUAGAGGAGAAAGUGGCCUAUCAGGCGUAUGAGCGAUCACGGGAUGUUCAGGAAGCCUUGGAAUCAUGCCAGACCCGGGUCUCCAAACUGGAGCUCCACCAGCAAGAACAGCAAGCACAGCAGUCCGAAACCGUUAAUGCCAAAGUGCUCCUGGGGAAAUGUAUCAACGUGAUCCUGGCCUUCAUGACUGUCAUCUUGGUGUGCGUUUCUACCAUUGCGAAGUUCAUUGCUCCGAUGAUGAAGAGCCGCUUUCAUAUCAUCUGCACUUUUUUCGCAGUGACGCUGCUGGCAAUAUUUUGUAAAAACUGGGAUCAUAUUGUCUGUGCCAUAGAAAGGAUGAUCAUACCGAGAUGAAGCCGCUGGCCUGGCUGCGUUCCUUUUUAGUUUUUGUUACCGCUCCCCUCGUUGUUUUGUAAGUGCAGUGUGUACAAAUUAUUUUUGUCAGUUUCAAUGUGCAGACUGGAGGGAGAAGGCUACAAAGACUCCUGGACUUUGAGGUGUAAAUACAUAAAUACAUACUUGUUGGCAGUCUGUUGCCUGUUCAAUCCGAUUGUGUCUAACUGGCUGUAUCCGUGACCAACUGCUUGCUUAUAUCAGUCUCCUGCCUUAAUCCAAUGGGUUUUCCACUUUGCAAAUCCACACUCACAAAAGAUGGUGUGAUGCUCCACCAAGGGAUCCAGGCAACUGCAAAGUGUGAGGUGUGCUUUUUGCUAGGCUGGAGUGCAGAGAGAGUGAUCAGGAGGGAGUGCACCACAAUGUGUAUUGUCAGCCCUGUUAGACUAAUAAGUUAAUUUUCUCUCUGGAUCCAACUAGAAUGAUAAGCCAAAUGAUAGUGUCACAUGUGUUAAUAGUUCUUGAUUCUAAAUUCAUGCAUAUCUGUAUAUGGGAGUUUUAGUUUUCAGGACCAGCAAAACUUGAUGCUUCUGCUAGUAACCUUUUUGCACAGAGAGUUUAUUGUUUGUAAAUUAGACCAGUGCUAACUGUGAUCAACAGUCAUCGGUUGUUCUAUCCUGGCACUGUUCACUACUGCAUUCAGGGAAGACAUAAAUCUGGUGUAAGACUUCCAAAGAUGCACUGAAUUGAAUGAUGAGCUCUCCAGGCCACUGUGUUAAGGAGUAUAGAAGCAAGUACUUGUGGGGAGGCUGUCAUGCAGACCAAAGCACUCACUUGCUUCAAGCCCUGAAACUGGCAAGGGGAAAAAAAUACACAUCAAGCUGACACUCGGGUUAGCCUGUGUGAGCACUGAAUUGCUGGGGUGCUCUGACUGAAUGCAGAACAGGUAGGUGGUGGGACUCUGGGUACGGUGGAUUCUUCUCCUAUGUCAAAUUAAGGAUGUGGAAGGAUGAGGGGACAGCUUUUUAGGAGAGCAGGGAGUUAAACUUCUGUAAAUAUCCAAACACUGUGCAGACUCUCUUGACAAACAUUCCUGAAAAUAAUGUGUUAGCAUAGUACCACUACUGGGACACAGGGUUGGAUUUGUUUUCUUACUGGAAUUUAUUUUGCUUGAUUUAAGAACUGCAGAAAGAAAAAAAUAA